GGUUCCACUGCCCGCCGAGCUGCCCUGCGGCUGGGGAUCUCCACCGGCUCCGGCAGCUUUAGCAGCUCUCCCCAGCAGUGCUCACGCAGGAGGGAGUGGGGACAGGCGAGGCGUUUUCCCCCGGUGCUGCAGCGGUGUCCCGGUAUUUGUGCGGUACCGGCCAGCCCCUGUCCUCUCCCUGCAGGCUGCUGGGUCCCCUCGCUCGCCCCUCAGGACAUCCUCUACCGCGGCGUCCUGCGCAGGAAGCUCCAGGCAGGCAGGUCUGGAGCCGCCCUGGACUUCACCAAGCAGCUGGGCCACUUCUUUAUGGAUCACCCGGAAGAUGCGUUCGGCUCCCUGGGGCGGCUGCUGCACAAGAACUUCUACCUGGGCAACUCCAAGCUGAACAGACAGGCCCGGGACAGCACCAUCCGGAUGACAGCCCUGAUGGAGGAAAUCAAACGUCUGGAGGCCAGGCGUGGCUGCCCCCGGCAGUACCUCGUCUCCCGCAAAAAACACCUCUGCCGUGACUGGCUCUUUGAGGUGCCGCUGGGGCCGCUGGCAGAUUGCGUGCACGAGGAGCUGCUGUUGCAGUGGGCCGGACUGCUCUUCGAUGACAGCCUUACAGGGGGAGCGCUGGCCUGGCUGCCCCCUGAAGACGUGGGGGCACAUGUGGGCCGCCUGGUGUACCCCGGCGGGCAGGCCAUGAACCACCUCUAUUUCCAGGACGUGGUGCUGGAGGAGCUGCCCCGUGCCCGUGGCUCCCCAGCACAGUUUGAGCUCAACGGGCGCAUCCAGCAAGUGGCUGCUGCCCGGGCAGAGGGGGAAGAUUUUGUUGGUGUCCGCUCGGACUAUCACUGCGGCGUUUGGAGGGUGCCGGGGAGGAGGGGGGCGGCCCCCACCCCACUGCAGGUCAUCCGCACCAGCGUGCCUGCCUCCUGCCUCACCGUCAGCCCUCACCUUCCCGGGGAGCUGGCCGUCUGCACCCAGAGUGGAGCUGUCUACCUCUGGAGCGUCGAGACAGGGCUGCAGCGGCUCCGCCAUGACCCCCAGACCAUGUUUUUUCGGGACCAUUCACCCUGGCGCUGGAGCGACUUCACCGCCCACCCGCCGGGGCUGAGGCUGCUGCUGCAAUACCAGGGGGGUAGCCGGUCAGCCUGCCAGCUGGUAGGGCCUCCACAGAAGCUGCACACCAUCGCCGGCUGCCUGCAGCACCUUCCUGCCCAGCUCCCGCACCGCCACCGCCUGCUGCAGCAGCGCCUUGGCCUCCCAGCCGCCGGUGAGUGUCCCACGCCGCCCCAGGGUGGGGGUCCCAGGGGGGAGGUGGUUUGCCAGCCUCCCGAGGCCGGAGACAUCUUCUACCAGAGGCUGACCCAUGAGGCAGCACAGCCCCCUGCGCCCGCCUCAGGGGAUGAGGCCACGGUAGCCCCUGGCUCUUCCCCUCUCUUCGAGGCUCCAGCCAGCAGCCCGCUGGGCUUGGGCAGUGAGGAGGAGGAAGGGGAGGAGGAGGAAGAGCAGACCUUCUACUUGUCCAACCUGGAGGUGAUUAUCAAUGAGGAGGAGGAGGAGGAGGAAGACAAG